GUCUUUUGAUGGAUUCUCGCUCGACUGUACCAUAAAGUGAAACGGGCGGGGGUGUAGUUAAGUAAUUCAGUAUAAUUUCCAUUCAUUUAUUUUUUCUGCUUUGAGCCGCGUUUUAAUAUCAACGAUGUCCAUAUUUAUUUUUCUCCUCAUAUGUGUUCAGACUUUAAUUACUUAUUUCUCAAAGCGUCACUGUACUUGUUUUGGAGUUUGAAUCUACCCCUGUCAACUUUUUGCCCGUCGCAUUGGAAACUAAGCUCUUACUAUCUCUUCGCGUAGCAUUUAAACUGAGGAAAAGUUCGUAUACUUGAAAUGUAAUUUAAGUAUUUAAUUUAAGGAGGCAUAUUUUAACAGCACAAACAAUGACUAGUGCUAGUCUUGUGACUAGGAUUUCGGAACGGUCGAAAGGCGAAAUCACGGAUAAGGAAAAGUAAACAGAGGACCGUUUUCUCUCUCACCGGUAUUAUUAGCAUGCUAACUAGCUUCUAGUAUUCGCCUCAACUGAAUAGUAACGUUACAGCUGACCGGUGCUAACGCCUACCAUGGUUUAUUUACUGAAGUGUGAUUUGAUAUUUACGCAUUUUUCUGCGUAUGUUGACUCGAAAUAGUUAAACAGAAAAAAAAAAAAAAUAGAAAAAAGUGGCUACAUUUGAAAACUGGCGACGAAAGCUACUUUAUUUGUUAGCUUGCCGGCUAAAUUGGGGUGCUGAUGUGUUCCUGCGAGAAAGUGGAUUUUAACAUCACCCCUCGUACUGUCGCCCGUCUGGUGUAUGAGGCCGAACAGGAAAAAAACAAUGGGGGUAAUUCGUCCAAUGGGAGUACCGCCAGUAACUCUCCACGCAGUACUCCUGGCAGCUCGCCCUCCCUGCGCCGCCGUGUGCUGGGAGGAAGAGCCAGUGAAGGGGAGACUGGCGGGGGCAGAAGCGGAGGGGGUUCAGAGAGCCCCCUGCCUCCCACUCCCUCCUCAUCCACCUCCUCCUACCCGCUCGCAGCCCGACACUUCACCCGCAAUGCCAAGAAAAUGCAGAGCUGGUAUAAUGUUCUGAGCCCUACGUACAAACAGAGGAAUGAAGACUUCCGUAAACUCUUUAAAAAGCUGCCUGAUACAGAGCGUCUCAUAGUGGACUACUCAUGUGCACUGCAGAGGGACAUUCUACUCCAGGGCCGUCUCUACCUGUCUGAGAACUGGCUCUGCUUCUAUAGUAAUAUCUUCCGAUGGGAGACUACGAUAACCAUACUGCUGAAAGAUGUGACCAGUCUGACCAAGGAGAAGACGGCCAAGCUCAUCCCUAACGCCAUCCAGAUAAGCACUGAACAUGAGAAGCACUUCUUCACAUCAUUUGGGGCAAGGGAUCGCAGCUACAUGAUGAUCUUCAGACUAUGGCAGAAUGCACUGAUGGAUAAGACUCUGUCUCCUAAAGAGCUAUGGCACAUCGUUCACCAGUGUUACGGCACUGAGCUGGGGCUUACUAGUGAAGAUGAUGACUAUGUCUCCCCUACUGCUGAACAUAUGAAUGGCCUGCUGCCAGGCGAGGAGCCGGUCUCCGUCACUGACCUGCUGGAUCUGGGAUCAGUGCCGGUAGCUCCGGUGGACUCCUCUCCACCCUCAUCUGCCUCAGUUCUUCCCUGCGCUUCAGGAUCUUCACCUCCAUCCUCCUCUUCCUCUUCCUGCCAGCCUGUGGAGUUGCCGUCUACUCGGACCAGCAUCGAACCUGAGCCCAGUCCACCCAGCUCCCAGAACUCACUGCUCCCCACCACAAACACUGGAACUGCCCCGUCCUCAACUAUCUUGGAGGAAGGCGGGGACAGCCAGUCAGAAUCGGCCAAUCAGUCACUUCAGUCUCCUCCCACUGUCCCGCACAGCCUGGGAUACCUCUCCUCACUGGAUAUGACCAAUGAUGAGGAGCUCCCAACUGACCCCAGCAAUUCCUCUGACACUCAGGAAGAGAGUGAGGUGGAGUCCUUCUGUGCGGACCUCAGCGGCCGGCUGCAUAUCAACACAGUUGUUCGCAUGAGCGUGGACAAGCUCCACGACCUUCUGUUCUCAGACAUUCACUUCAUACAGCACCUCUUCUCACAACGUCACUUCACUGAUCUUUCUGUGCACGAGUGGCAGCAGGACAGCAGCAGUGGGAACAGCAGUAGAGUUCUGAGUUACACCAUCGCCAUCAACAACCCGCUGGGCCCAAAAACUGCUCCUGUGGUAGACACACAGACUCUCCACAAGAGCAGCACCCGGGGGGAGUGUUACGUGGUGGACUCGGAGGUCAUAACCUCAGGCAUCCCCUACCAGGACUACUUCUACACUGUACACAGAUACUGCCUCACCUCUGUCAACAAGCACAAGAGCCGCCUCAGGGUCUCGUCUGAUAUCUGCUACAGAAAGCAGCCGUGGAGUCUUGUGAAAGCUCUCAUAGAGAAGAACACUUGGAGCGGCAUUGAGGAGUAUUACAGACACAUGGAGAUGGAGGUGUGUAAGCUGGAGACGCUGUUACAGUCGGAGAUUUCUGUAGUGAGCACCGGGGAAGUGCCUUCUGCGGACUCUGCCAAGACGCCACCCGGCCUGCGCAGACGCAAACGCAACUGUCCCAGACGAGCAGGAGAGCGGGAGAGAGAAAGAGAGAGAGCGGGAGGAGGUGCCGGGGAACGGGGCGACCGAGGAAUUGGAGUUGAGCGUGAAAGGAGAGAAGCUGGUGCUCAGUAUGUGCAAUUAGGGGAAAGGUGGCGUGGAGCCGGCAACAGCAACAAUAGCAUCUCCACCAUCCUGCUCAUCGUGAGCUUCAUGAUCUGUGUCAGUCUGGUGGUUCUGGUGGCUCUGAACAUGAUGCUGUUCUACAAACUCUGGGCGCUGGAGCGGGCCGCACACACGCUGGAGACCUGGCACUCGUACUCUUUAACGGACAGUCCUCUUCCGCAGACGGCAGGAGAGUGGGUGCAGAUCCUCCAGCUCCAGAGGCAGUUCCACCAGGCCCAGAUAAACAAAUGGCAUCAGAUCCUACAGUCUUCUGUCACACUUCUGGAUCAGAUGAAACAGUCUCUGGAGAAGCUCCACAGAGUAAUGAUCACACCAGAGGUGAAGCAUGAGUCUGAAUCAGAACCAGGAACUCUGACGGAUCAGUGAGAGCGUAAGGUAACCCCUUCACCCUACCGUUUACAGACUCUGGUCCCCGUGACAUAGCCGUCCACGAGGGGCUAAAUCAUGGACGGGAGAUGGUGCUCAACUCAGUGACAUUAACAUUGGGAUUGAUGUGGGUAUCUUUUAUCUUACCCAAGUGUCCCAACAGCAGCUACAGGACUUUAUACUAGCUGUAUAUAACACAUUCAACUCUUUUAUCAAUCGGAAUAUCAUGAACUCUGGGUCUGAAGCAAUAACACACAUGAACGGGAGCAUCUGUGACUUCAGCUGUGCUGCAUCUUGAGCCGUUUGGUCCUACUGCGUGUCUGAAAAAGCUGAAGGUGAGCUUUUAGAAAACUGAAUUUCAUCAAAAAAGAGCUGUUAAAGAUUUCAAAGAGGGAAGUGUCUGAAAUCAGCUUCUGAGAAACCUCUCAACUGGUCAUUUCACAAAUGUUAUUUUAAUGUUUUCAUGGAAGAGAAAUGUAAAUUUUCUCUUGUGUUAUGUUACUGUUUUGCUGAUUUCAGAGCUGAAACUGAAACUUCUUUAGAGUGUGUCAGACCAUUACAGUAUUUAUUUAAUAGACUUGAAUUACAGUCUAACGUCAUUGUGUGUUUCUGCUCAAACAAGGACCAAUGUGGAAAUGGGUGGAACGAGUGGUAUUAAUAUGAAUUCCCAUUUUAGCAAUAAUCAUGUGGAAAAUUGUAAUGACAAUUAGAAGUUAAUCUACAAGAAAGAAUGCAAAAAAAAAGUCAAAUGUGCAACUGUUACUUAGGGUAGAGUUCCAGAGUGAAGAUUGUUUUUACACACUUACAUGGUUGGUUACAAUAGUUACAAUUUUAACCAUUUCUUCUUUCUCCCUAAUAUUUUGGUUAUUAUUUUUGUUUUAAAUUCCUGUGUAUGUAUGACUUAGGGGUGAAAUGAGCUCUUUUGUGUAGUUGAGGUGUCGAGUUUCACUGGAAUCAAACUUGAACUGUUCAGGGUUACUGUUAGCUUAUAUAGCUUAUAUUAGCUAUAACAUGUACACAGAUCGAAGAACUUCAGUCGUUCCUCAGACUGGACAUUUGGGACCAACCAGAACUCAGGAGGACUAUUGUGAGUUCACUCAACACUGUAGGCCAGUCUCAUACAGAACAUGUCUGUGUGUUUCACCUCAAAAUCAAAAGAAAAUAGAAAGAUUAGAUUUUUAUUUAUUUGUUUUAUUUUUAUUUUUUUUUGCAUUGUGCCAAUUUCAUGGCAGUUAAGCACACCUCACAAUUUUCAUUUUUUAUUAAUUUUAUCUAUGAUUUUCACUGAUGUAAUAAUGAAAAUCAUCCUGUGCAGACCAUUAUUAUUUUACAUUAAAAUUAGCAUAAUUUAGAAACCAUAAAACAAAUACUGUCGAGUGGUAUAAAUAAAAUAUAUUAUUUUAUUAUCCUCAAUAA